GUGUCGUACUGUCGCCUUGACGUUAACUCUACAUUUGGAUGUGAGAGGAAGCUUCUGUCGAACGUUUUUCAACUUAAAAAUGGAAAACCUUUGAAUUAACACAUCAUGUCGGAACAAUUUAACCCCUUAACAAAGACAUUUAGUAGAACUGUUCCAGUGACUAAUCCACCAAGUUUACAGAGUAUAUGCAGGAACACUAUUCUACAUGCGAUUACACUCAAAAGGAUCAAGCAGGCAGAUGAGUCACUUCCCCUACCUAAACCUCUAAUGAGAACAGUCAGUGUUCUCAACUUGAAGGAUUUUGUUAUUGAUGCAGAAAAAAUAGAAGGCAUAAAUCAUCAGAAACAAACCUACCCAGCUACAUGUAUCUUUGAUGGGAUCCCCUGUAUCAUCAAAGUCAAAUCUAAAGGUAUCAAGCCAGAAUUGGAUAAUCCAAGCUUCAUGACCUCUUUUGAAGACAAGAACUCUGUCUGUUGUGUUUAUGAAGCGACAGAUACUCUUAAAGAUAGAAUUGUACAAUGCAAACUUCAAAACACUAGAUUCCAAGAAGUUUUUAUAUGGCGUAUUACCAAGACUCUGUUGGAAUUUGCACUAAACGGAAAGAUAACUACCUCUACAAAAGUAAACAGUAGUAUGAUACAUUUUUACGGUCCAAAGGGAAUAAUUUUUCUUGAAGAAGAUGAUAACCCGAUGACUGAGAUGAUGGGAGCAGAUUCAGCAAUCUACGAGGCUCCUGAAGUAUUAAGACAAGAAGAACCAAAUAACCAAGCGUUUUCAUGGACUGUUGGGUGUAUCAUUUAUGAAAUGUUGGCAUUGGAACCAGCCUUUUUUGACAGAACUGGUACUAAUCCAUUUCAAGUAUUUAUGGACAUGAUGCAAGGCCAAUUACCACCUGAACCUACAGAGGGUAGUCCAGAAAUAAUAGAAAUAAUGUGGCACUGUUUUAAAACAAAUCCUGCACAAAGAAUUCCUCCAGAAGAUUUGCUUCGAUUCGCAAUAGACCAUUCAGAAUAAAGCUUCUUUUAUUUAAUGUCAAACGUUUAGCUCGGAAACUGUUUGCUUAUCUUGUUAAGAAUCUCUAUUUGAUUACCUUUUUUUUCCUAUUAAUUUGUUAUGUUACUUUUUCAAGUGAUUUAUUUUAUCCAGAUACUUAUGUGCUACCUUUUUUUGAAAAACAAAUGUCAAAGUUAAAUGCCAAAUUUUAGAUGCUAAGAAAUCUUUCUUUUAAAUGUAAAAUAAACACUGACUAAUUUUAAUCCUCAUCAAUACUUUAUACAUAUUGUAUGUUUUAUCAAUAAAGUUUUAUCAUAAU